GUUCAUUUAGCUUUGGGGAAACAAACGCGAGCCCACCCCAUAUUACGGCCCAAUGGUUCUUCUAGAUUUUGAAGGUGCCGUAGCCCAACGAGCGCUGACCCAGUUUUUGAUUGUUCAUCGUCCCCAACGCAACUUCAUAGAGCAGAGCUUGCUGAGCAUAUCGCCAUUUCAGACCGAGAUUGGAUAUGGCUUCUGCUCCUCUCCAAGAUGAACAAAAUCUCCUUCAAGGAUCUCCGAAGAGAGUUGCCGUGGUUGGUGCUGGCGUCAGUGGCCUUGCUGCAGCGUUCAAGUUAAAAAACAGUGGUUUGAAUGUAACAGUAUUUGAAACUGAUGGGAGAGCGGGAGGGAAGCUGAGAAGUGUUUGCCAAGAUGGCCUAAUAUGGGACGAAGGAGCUAAUACUAUGACAGAAAGCGAACCAGAUGUCCAAUCGUUACUGGAUGCUCUUGGACUUAGAGAGAAACAACAAUUUCCGAUUUCACAAAACAAGCGGUAUAUAGUCCGGAAUGGAACUCCUGCAUUGUUACCAUUAAAUCCUAUCCAGAUGAUAUCAAGCAACUUUCUUUCUGUGGGGUCCAAGCUUCAGAUACUCAUGGAGCCUUUUUUAUGGAUGAAUAAGAAGCUCCCAAAAGAGUCUGAUACAAAUGAAAGGUUGUAAAAAUUCCUUCAUAUUCAGUGAUCAGUCCUGAAGCGAAAGGGAAGGAGGAUAGAAGAUUCUACUGUUAGUUAUGCAAUAAAAAGAAAAUGCUGCAAAAUUUCUAUAAUUGAUGCUCAUUACGGUCAUGUUCCAUAAUUUUCAUGUUGAUUUCACAAUAUCAAUAUUGUAAAGGGACGUGACUAUAACAACUACUUUAUCAAAUUCAUUGCAGAGUCAUGAUAUCUUAGAUGCUAGUGGAAAUAAAAGAUGGUUUUAUUU